AUGAAUUUCGAUCAGAUGUUAGCCACAAUUGGUGGCUUCGGGAGAUACCAGAAGCUUUUGUAUGUGUGGAUAUGUCUACCGCAGAUCUUUCUCGCAUUCCACAUGAUGGCGAGCGUCUUCACGGGCGCCACGCCGCCGCACCAUUGUCGGGGUUCAGAGCUCGAGGACUGGUCACACACCGGCAGCAAUGGUUCAAAUGUGAACCUGAGCAUCUCCCUCCUACCUGGGCAUGCGGACACGUGCACCGUCAUUUCAGGAGAGAACCAAAGUUCACGUUCAAGUUGUGAGACAGGAUGGGUGUAUAGCCACGACAUCUUCGAGAGCACCACUGUCACUGAGUGGGAUCUGGUGUGUGACAAGGCAGGUCUAAGCAGUCUGGGCUCUUCUGUCUAUAUGCUGGGACUACUUGUGGGAGCUAUUGUGUUUGGAGCUAUGGCAGACAGGUAUGGGAGGAGGUUUGCCAUGCUCUUGUCUUUAGCCCUUCAGACAGUGUUUGGGGUGGCUGCUGCCUUCGCUCCAAACUUCCCUGUUUAUGUCACCCUACGCUUCAUCAUUGGAACAUCAGUCUCUGGCGUGAUAAUCAAUGCUUUUGUGCUAGGCACAGAGUGGACAUGCACACAGAGACGAAUGCUGGCAGGUAUCUUCACUGACUACUUCUUUGGUUUUGGCUACAUGUUGCUGGCGGGUGUGGCCUAUAUAAUCAGAGACUGGAGAAAACUGCAGCUCGCAAUCUCUGCACCAGGCUUUCUCUUCAUAUUCUAUAUCUGGGUUCUUCCACAUUCAGCCCGUUGGCUUUUGGUGAAUAACAGGAAAGAGGAGGCAAUUGUUCUUCUACGUAAGGCAGCUGUGUUCAAUGGACGCACCUUACCUCCAACUGUUCAGGUGGAGCGACAUGAGGUCCCACAAGGGCAGGUUCAAUAUACUGCUGCUGACCUGCUUAGAACUCCACAGAUGAGGAAGAGAACCCUCAUACUCUUCUACAUCUGGUUUGUUAAUGUGUUGGUGUAUUAUGGGCUGUCUCUGGGUGUGUCUGACCUAGGGGCAGAUCUUUACCUUACUCAGUUCAUGUUUGGGUUGGUGGAAAUUCCUGCAAGGUCGCUGGUGUUGGUCCUCCUGCCCUGCAGUCGGAGAAUCCCACAGAGUGUGUUCCUCGCUGUAGGAGGUGGAGCAUGUCUACUCACUCUCACUGUUCCUGCCGACUUUGCUCAAGUUCGGGCUGCUUUGGCCAUGGUGGGAAAAUUUGGAAUUACAGCAUCUUUUGCCAUCAUCUAUAUUUAUUCUGCAGAACUUUUCCCAACUGUUCUCAGGCAGACAGGUAUUGGUGUGUCUUCUAUGUUUGCAAGGAUGGGUGGAGUUUUAGCUCCACUAAUAAAUCUGCUUGGACGCCAUGUACCUGUUGUGCCCAUGGUGAUAUUUGGCUCCACCCCUCUGCUCGCUGCAGUGCUCGCCCUGUCAUUGCCUGAGACAGCCAAUCAACCACUACCAGACAGCAUUUAUGAUGCAGAGAAGUUUACUCCUUUGAAUUAUGAUGGACAAAUUCAAGUACAAGCCAGCCAAUCAGCAAGCAGCACAGAAGGGCAGGAACUUCAGAGUUUAGCAGAUGAGUCCAGAUAGAAAUAAAUUAUUAAAAUAAAUUAUAAUCACAUAAAAUGCAUACACACAAAUACACAAAAACACUAUGCAGACUCACUUUCAAGAGCUGUUCGAUUAUCAGUCCUGCUGAUGAACGAUGCAACUUGCAAUUGGGUCAGAUUUGGUCAGGAUUUGAUACAAGAAAACAAUGCCUCUUUUGUGCCACCUUAACACAUAUUUGAACUUUCUAAAUAUUUUUAAAAUGACUUCGGCAAUAGGUUGAAGAUUUUACUGAUUUGCAUUGGGACUAGCAGUUUUGAUAUAAACUAAAGUCUAAAGUUUUAAAUAAUGCAUGACAGUGGGUCAGAACACAAUGUGAUUGGUGCAUCACAUCUCUCUAUGUAACCACAUUAUUUAUCGGGCCUCUCUAUGCAAAAUAAAGAGAGAUACCCCAAACAUACCUACACAUGGCAAACAUUUGUGAAUGAGAAAGCAGAAAAUAACAGUGUAUUUAUUUUUGCCUUAUGGCUUUCAUCUACACCAAUUAUUUCAAAUGUACAGUAAGUAAAAAAAAAACCUCCCUGAUAUAUAGUACAUAUGCCUCCAUAUAUCUCCGCUGCACCCAAACACACAACCAUAUACUGACACAUCGGUCUUUCUAUUUAAGUAACUUGAAGUUAAAUAUGCUA